AUGGAGGAGGCGCCCGCAUCUCCCGACACCGCCCAGCAGACGACUACGGCACCUCCGACACCUACGACGUCCACACCGCGCAAGUCAAACGUAUACUCAAGGCUGUACGACCCCAAGUCGUAUACUGGCGUCUAUAAGAAGCGCUUCGAGGCCGACUGCAAUGACCUCACAGAGCGCGUGGUGCACGACCUGUCGAAUGCCAUGCGCACCAAUCUCAACCACGAUGUGAAUCGCCCCAAACAACGGGCAGUCUCCCAAGCGCCAGCUCUAUCACCGACCGCUGCCCAAGUCGAGCGACCAACGUCUGCGCCAUCCGCUCAGGAGAAACUCCAGGGAGAUCCGAACGACCCUCACACGCUUCUGAAGGCUGUAUUCCACUACUAUUGUCGCUUCGGACGGACUGGGCCAAAAGGUCUGGGGGAGAAGACACUCGAUAACUCGAACUUCGUCAAACUAUGUCGUGACUGUCCGGACUUGCUCAACGCUUUCUUUGGCAAAACGGACGUGGAUCUCAUCUUUGUAAAAGCCAAGAACAAGGGAGAGCGUCGUAUCAACUACGCGCGGUUUUUGGACGCGUUGGGAAUGAUCGCUAUCCAGAAAUACGGAGAUAUGCCACUCGAGGCUUCACCGACGGCAAAACGGUGCGUGGCGAACUGCUCUUGA